CUUCAUCCAGUAGAUGUCCCAGAAGAGCCUAUAAGCGUACAAUACUGGUGACGAAACUGUGCUUAUGAAUCAAUAUAGUGUGAGGCAGAGUCAGUCGUAGUCGUUCUUGCACCUGCCGCGUAGAACUAGUCUCGGAAAAAGAUAUUCAGUGCGCAACCAAAUCAAGUCGGCAGGCACUAAGACAUCCGUGGCAGCGAUUUUCCGCCGGCGCAUUUAAAAAAUCGCAGCCGGUGUACUACUUCUCGACGUCAGAGCGUCAACGGUUUGUGCCAUAAUUUCAGCUAGCGCCAGUAGCCAAGUGAACGUGAAGGAACAGGAAGUGAAGCGAUCGGACGGUAAUUUUCCGAGUCCGGGUCGGUUCCAGCAGACUCGUUCACUUCCCAGUGGUUCUUGGGCCACGUCUUUCGCGGUUCUACUUUUGUGGUCUAUACUAGCUGGCGACCGCAAAAGUGCGGGCACUGCAAGUCCUCCGAAAGAUCGUCGCGGCGACGGAAACUCAGCUCCAGCUGACAAACAGGAAGAGCGACAGGACCACAAAGCUACCUGAGCAAAGAAACCGAGCUGUCCAUCGCUCCGCAAGAGCAAGCGAAGACGGUCGAGAAGCGGAAAGUAAUUACACCCAAGGCCGCGGACGACGAAAGACCACACAACGCGGCUGAGCACCGGCGCUUCGUGUAGAAGUGGCUGAAGAACUUUAGAUAAGUGCAGUACUACAGACAAAAAGACACCUCUUCAGUCGCGGUCGAGCACGGGACGAGGACGGCUUUUUUACUGAAAAAUUCCGGCGAAGAGAAAAGUUCGCCCGUUGCAAAGAUAAACACCUCCUUCAACGGCCCGGACCGACUGCAAGAUCAUGCCGACGGAGAUCGAACUGCAACCGCUGACACCGGCGGUAGAGGAGAAGGCCAGCGGCAGCACGAAGCCUUUCCUCGAGGCCUGGAGCAACGUGAGAAGAGAGCACCCGAUACUGAGCAGCUUGCUCAUCUUCGUACCACUGGGAUUUUACGCGCACCACGCACAGCUCGCCGACUAUGAAUGGGGAGAGUGGCUAGUUGUUUCUAGUCCUCCACCCGGAGGUCACUGUGUUGGUCUUGUGUUAGUGUAAGUAGUACGGUUUUGCUCUGAUAUUUCUUAUGAAUGGCACAUCAAAUGGUAGUGGUAAUUUGGAUCCCAUAUAAUUCAUGUUGCAUGUGGUGACUUUCUUACCCGCCACCAGCGAGAAGUGCUUACAAUUUUCUUGCGCGCUGCAGAGAGAGACUGACGGAGAUGAAGCACCGGCACCGUGACAAGAAAAGCCCUUUUCUCUCUAUGACUUGCUCAAACGUUACAAUCUCAAACGUUACAAUAGAAUCUGGAAUUUGUGUUGCAUGAUGAGCAUGACAGACUCGCACAACGUUCCACCUUAUGCAAUACAAACUUGGCCAGAUUGUAGUGGGGUUUGGGGCUCCGGAACUUGUCAUGCGCAAUUUCAUGAGAGUUGGCUAGAUCAUGCAGUCUUGCAUCACAGAUUUCCAUAUUCUAUUGUAACGUUUGAGAUUGUAACACCUGAGCGGGUUAUACUCUCAAUACCGCCGCAUGGAUCUUCACGCUCACCUUCUUGGGGAUAUUGCCGCUAGCAUGGUAUAGAGCACUUUUUUUUCACCUUCUGCUCUUUCUCCUCCUUAUGCACGACAGUAUAUGCAGCUUAUGGCUAUGUGUAUGCUUAUUCCACACAACAUACACGACCGCUGUUACAACUGAGAGAAGACGUUCGAGAAGUUUUUCUAAAAUUUAGUGACAGCUCGUGACGAAAAAUCUUCUCCACAACUUGUGUCAACGGAAAAAAUUUUUUCUCAGGUUGAUAGGGAAGACAACGGAGGACCUGUAUCAAAUGUAAAAAUGUCUGGGUCUGGAAGAAUGCAACUUGUCAUGCUGAAUCUGAAGCAUGCAAAAAUCUGUGUUGCGUGAUUACCAAAAGAUGUCCACUUUUGACCAGUUCGACAGGGAGUUUCUCAUGCAGGAUAGGCAUGAUAGAGAUAGACACCUCACAGCGUUUGUCAUGCUAGGUGUUGCAUUCCAGGCCUCAUGGGUCAUGGAAGAACAGCAUCACAAAUCUUGCAUUCUUCCAGACCCAGACAUUUUUGCAUUUGAUAACCUGGCGUCGCACACAAAUCAAGUGUAUCCUGGAGAAAAAUAGUACUCGUGGCAGCGAUAAGACUCUACGUGUUGUGAUGUGCAGCGUGUGAAUGCUUUCAGAAUUGAUUCUGCAUGAGAAUGAAUGUACUGAUCUCGUCUUGUUCAGAGGAUGUACUGAGGAAGACUCUCCAUCAAACGACUAACUGUCAUGAUUUUAUUCUAGACGAGCGAAUGAUUUCUCCAGGAUACAGAACUGGGCGGGUUGGUCAACGCAACCUUUGGAAACGUCGUGGAAAUGCUUUUGUGUAUAGAUCCUUCUUUGGUUUUCUGUUUUUAGAAGUUUUAUUGCAGGGGAGCUCGGCGUGUGCGUACUCUGUCAUGCAAUCACUAUAACGCAUGGGCAUGAAGGCUAAAAAUGUUUGCCUUUGCUCGCACGACGUCAUCACUAGCACUACAGGCUGCAGCGGCAUAAUACACGGCGAAAUAACGGUGGUGCAGUGCACCUUGCUGGGGUCGAUUUUGUCCAACCUGCUGCUGGUGAUGGGCACGAGUUUCGUCUACGGCGGCUACUACCACAAGCGACAGUUUUUCAAUCAAGAGGGCGCAAAAGUCCAAUCGUCGCUCCUGCUGCUGGCUUUGCUCACCCUGGCGCUGCCAAUGAUGUACUCGACACUGUCCAGCGAGGACACCACGUCUUAUGCAAAUGGAGAUAUUUGAAAGAGUGAAGAGCACUCGGCUAAGUAGUCGAAGCAGGCAUGAUGAGGAACCUCUUGCACGGUGGCAUGCGUCGAGAAGAGCAGAAAAUUUGCUUGAGCUGCAUGUUCAUCGCUGGCAACACCAAACCUUGAUUGUGUGGUGCGCUUGAGUACAAGAAGCUCACCUACUAGCGGGACAUGGACUACACUCUUUUACUUUUUGCAGUUUCAUACCUUCGAAAAGGAAGUUUUGUCGAUGUCGAGGCAGGGCAGCAUUCUUAUGCUCGGCGUUUACGUGCAGUAUUCUAUGUGUUUAUGCUUUUAUUUUGGAAUACAUAGCCGGCGGGAGCAGCAUGAUGGAGGUUUUUUGCGCUUUUUCCAUUUGCAGCACCAUCCUGACAGAAAGGCAAAACCGUAUAUUUUACAGGUACUUAUACUUCCAGAUAAUAUCACACCAAGAGCUCUUCGAAGGAGGCGAUGAUGAUUAUGGAAUGACGAUGAUCAUCACAUGUUUUUGUGACGGCUCUGGAUUUGUCAUGGUGCUAAUGCAGGGGUUUGUGUCCUAACCCUAAGGUACUAAAAGUAAGUGUGAAAAAAAGCAACAUACAGCAUGCGCGAACUUAUUUUUCUGAUGCACAGGAGCGCCAUGAUUUAGAAUUUUGCAAAUUUUGUACUUCAAUUGGAGAUGCGAGCACGAAGAGGAACUUGCACAGUCCAGAAGCGGUGCUGAAUCAAAACAAUGUGCUCUUCGCCAACCACUUGAUAAAACCGAAGAAGACGAGGCUGACUUUGGAUUUUGGGGCGCCAUAUCGCUCCUCGGGGUAGCGACCGUAGUGACCGCGAUGCUGUCCGACUACUUGAUACAGAGCAUAGAACCGGCCGUGCUGUCCUUCGGGACGAGUAAGGAAUUCAUAGGUACAGUUUUCAUUUUUAUUUUUUCAGCACGUACUAAAGGGUGGCGCAACCAUGCUAUUUUUUUUCUUUUGUACGGCCAUGAUGUAUGUUGACCUCAAUAAACAUAAACAGGUAUCAUAAUACUUCCUAUAAUCGGAAACGCAGCGGAGCAUUAUGCUGGAAAAAACAAAGGGGAGUUACGUUUUUCUUGAUAGCUAAGUUUCUUCGCGAUGCAUUAUGAAGGGUGUAGUAGUAUUUCGUACUUUUCUUGCUUACAAUACUCUUGCUCGUCGUUGACCUGUCGUCACUUGAGGUCGGUGAACCAGCAAGACUAGAAAUGAAACACCGAGAAGUAGAUCAUGCGUUGUCAUAAUUCCCUCUUUGCCCCCCCUCUCCAUACCGGCUACACCGCAAUCGUAAUGGCCGGGAAGAACAAAAUGGAUCUGAUAUCAAAGUGAAAAAUGCCCCCACCCCCAAACUUCGGAGCAUUUGUAUUGCAAACCUUUCUAAAUGAAACAUUCGCUCUCUUGCAUCUAUCAGCAUCACAGAUUUCCAAUCGUGAAUAGCAAAAAGUUGUAUUGCAAAAGACCCCAGCUGCAAGAGCGGCGCUUGUCAUGCAAGUGACGCAAUACACGCCUAGACUCUACUGCAUCAGAAAGAUUCAUACUUCUUUCAUGCAUGACAAAAAGUUUUCAUCUGGAAACUUCGCAUCACAAAUUUUUGCGACUUUGGGGGCGGGAGCAUUUUUCACUGUAAUAUCUGAGUCUCGGCGUUGCGGUCGGGUCCGGGUGCCAAAUGAUGCUGCUCGUGACGCCCCUGAGCGUGCUUGCCGGGUGGUUUGCAGACCAGCCCAUGUCGCUCAAUUUCCAUCCUUUUUUAUCAACGUGAUCUUUAUUCUAGGGAGUGGUCUUUUGAUGCUGCUCUGCGUGAGGACAAGCAUGUCCUGCUGGUUGAAUUUUUUUUAUGCGGCGUAAUUUUUUUGCGCGGUGUGCAUGUUGGUAGGAGACACGCACCGGGCUGUGUAGUCGACGAACUUGCAGGAGAAUGGCAUAGCACUAGAAGACCACGAGAAGUUUUGCUUUCCAUAUUUUCAAGUUGCCGUGCUGCUGCUCUCGGUUCUGAUCGUAAACACCAUAUUAGCGAACGGGGAGACAAAUUGGUACAGGGUACUACAUACGUUGAUAUGAUAUAUAAUUGCAUGACGAGGGCGUUGCAGCUGAAAGAAAGCAGUGCUUAUAUUUCUGAUCCCGUCACUGUCACUCGGAAAGAAAUUUGGAACAGUUUUUUUCCAACACCAAGCCCCCGUCAUCUUACUUCACAACAGGCUCGAGGGGGUUAUGUUGCUGAACGCGUAUCUUUUUAUUAGCAUGAUGUAUUUUUGCGAGACGCCGGAAUCCGCAGAUAAGGUCUACGAGGACGUGCGGCAUCAUAGCGCACCGGGGGCAGUCACCUCCGGGUAGGAGCAAAACAAGGUGGGGAGGAAAAAAGGCGAAAUAAAACCUAAUGAAAAUAAACCACUUUGAGGACGUAGAAAGUACAAGUGGUAGUUCCCUCACGUGAUGAUAUUAGCCAUCACGGAUCGAAAAGACAAGCCAUUGCAACAUCAAUCCGUAGAGCAGAUUUGCUCGAAGCAAGGCUACAAGGCAGAUUUUCACUUUUUCAAUUACCAUUUCACAGCAAACGACAAAGAGAAGACUCUUAAUUUCAAUCCGUAUUAUAUCAUAGGUAUUAGCAAACGCUGCAAUAGCUUGUGGUGCCCUAGCGUACUGUGCGCCACAAUAAGCAGCGGUAUUCAAUAAUUAUCCGUAUUAGUAACAUCAACCAAGAGUUAGAGUUUGCGAAAUGCAAAAAAGUCACUUUUUCGGUGGCUAGUAAAUCUAACGAAAUUUUGUAUGCUACUUCUAAGUGGCAGUUCCAUUUUCCAAUCAAAAAAUGCAACCUCCGUGGGCAAGAGCACGCAAUUGCGGGGAGGUAUUCAUCUUGAGAGACGGCGGCCUCUGGAAAAUACUACACUUAUAGGAUGUUAUUCGAUUAUAACGCAAAUGCACGCGAGGAAAUGCUCCCGUCUGGUUUCGCUAAAAGUAGUUAUUUUCUACUGCUUUUCGUCUACUACAAAUGUACCCUAUUCUUCGAUUGUUAGCUGCAGCUGAUAAUCGUCUUCUAUGAUAAGAGAAUACAGAAUUUGAACUAGUUGUGCAAAUUUGAGAAAUCGAAACGCCGCCCUAUGUACCUGUAAAUAACUUUCGGUGAUGCUAUGGUUCUAGAUGAUUCAGUAUUUUCAACAUCGAGAGGAAAAUAUUAUGCAAAAACUCUUGUGCUGCGGCUCUUCGUACGAUUUUAUACAUCAUUCUGGUAUUAUAGCGACGUGCUAGGAGCUACUAUCUGAAAUUAAGAGAAGGGAUCAUCAGAAAUGAACUUUUGCGCACAUCACUUCGUCCAAAUUGUAAAUCUUUUUCGCUACUAUGAGAGGCGAAGAUAUUAGCGAGGAAAGAAUGCGCGCUGCUUGUAGCAAGAGCGUCUUGCCUUUUUGUACAAGAAGAAUCAAGCAGAUCGUUUCGCGUCGAGUUUUCGUCGUCAAGG